AUGCAGUCGACUGGACAGCUUGGCCAGAUGGAGUCAUUUGAUGUUACCGCAAGUGACUGGACGGCAUACAAGGAGAGGUUGACAUCUUUUCUGAUUGUCAACAAGGUUCCUGACAGCGACAAGGUGCACGCAUUCCUCAGCAUCAUCGGCCCGCGAACGUAUGGGCUGCUGAAGUCGUUGACGGCGCCUGACCUGCCGUCGGCUAAAAGUUUCGAACAGCUGAAGAGCAUCUUGGACGCCCACCUGGCCCCAGUGCCGUCCGUAAUCGGCGAACGAGCCAAGUUUUACCGCAGAGCACAGCAUGAAGGUGAGCCCCUGCCGGAAUAUGUUGCCGAACUUCGCAAGUUGUCUCAGACCUGCCAGUUUGGAGCCAGUUUAGACGAAGCGCUGCGGGAUCGUUUCGUGUGCGGACUGCUCCGUGAGGACGUGCAGCGAGUACUUUUUACUGAGGGCGACACGUUGACGUUCUCGAGAGCAGUGGACCGCGCUCUGGCCAUGGAAGCAGCCCGGAAGAAUGUCGCCGAGACUCGAGUCGUGGAAUCAUUGGCCACACAGCUGCACAAAGUUGAAGACGAUAGUAGAGAGGCACAUGCUGAUCUGUACGAGGUGCAAACGAGAGCUGGUAAGCCGCUACUAGUUUGCUACCGCUGUGGUUCCCCGAGCCACACUCAUGCAGUAUGCCCUCACAUUAACGAUACCUGUUUUAAGUGUUCGAAGAAAGGACACAUUCAAAGAGCCUGUCGGAGCAGCAACAGGCAAUGUCAUGACGGGUAUAAGAAAAAACGGAGCCUGAAAACGCUAAAAGUUGUGACACAGGAGCCGACUAUCAGCAUUUCCAAACAAGGGGCUGCCAGCCGCGCUCCCAUUUUUGUUAAACUAAAUAUAAAUGAUGCACCGGUAGAAAUGGAACUCGACACGGGAGCUGCAGUGUCAAUCAUGCCUUUCAAGCAGUUCAAGAAGCGGCUUCCUUCUACCAGCUACCGAUCAACUGACGUCACCCUACGCACCUAUACCGGAGCACUCGUCCGACCUUGUGGCGUCGCGGUUGUCAACGUGCAGCAUAGUGGACGGAUGGCGCAGCUGCCGCUCUACCUCGUCGACCAAGCAGGACCACCACUGCUAGGACGAGAAUGGCUACACACACUACGUCUAGACUGGGACAGCAUUUGGGGUCUGAACUACAUCUCAAGGUCAGUGUUUGACUCGUCUUCUCGAACGAAGGAAAGGCUCGAUUCCUUGCUAGCCAAGUACGAAACUCUGUUCAAGGAUGAGUUAGGUGCUAUCACAGACGAACGGGCCGAGCUGUUUUUCAAACCAGACCACCGGCCGAAGUUCCUAAAAGCAAGGAAUGUGCCGUUCGCAUUGCAGUCAGCUGUAGAAGCCGAGAUAGCAAAAUUGGUUGAACUAGGAAUUCUCACGCCAGUGAAUACAGCGGAGUAUGCCACGCCCGCAGUGCCCGUGAUAAAGAAAGAUGGCAGCAUACGCCUAUGUGGGGAUUAUAAGACGACGAUAAACCCCUCACUUGACAUCACACACUACCCGCUGCCUAAGAUAGAUGAUCUACUGGCAGCGCUGGCCGGGGGGCUACAUUUUACGAAGAUCGAUCUGAACAGGGCAUACCAGCAGGUAUUCAUGGCGGAAGAGUCAAAGAAGUACUUGACAUUAAACACGCAGAAAGGUCUGUUUACAGUUAACAGGCUACCUUUCGGAAUUGCGUCAGCGCCAGGUAUUUUUCAGAAAAUAAUGGACACGAUGCUGAAGGGCCUGAGCGGAGUGUGUUGUUAUCUCGAUGACAUUCUAGUCACGGGAAAAACCGCUGAAGAACAUUUGAUAAACCUAGAAGCUCUCCUGAAACGUCUGUCAGAGCGAGGUGUCAGGGUGAAGAAAGAAAAAUGUGCGUUUUUUCAAAACGAGCUCUGCUACCUGGGGCACAAAAUAAGUGCGGAAGGAAUCGCUGCGUCACCGGACAAAAUUGAGGCAGUUAUUAAGGCUGCUGCACCGACAACAAAGCAGCAACUGCAGUCCUUCCUAGGUGUCGUCAACUAUUACGGGAAGUUCGUACCUAAUUUGUCAACUGUCGCUAACCCCUUGUACCGGCUUUUGCAGAAGGACACUUCGUGGUGCUGGGACGACCGCUGCCGCGCAGCGUUCGAGCAAAUCAAAACAAUGUUAUCAUCACCACAGGUGCUGGCCCAUUACGACCCGGAUAGACCAUUGAAGCUGGCCUGUGACGCAUCGCAGUACGGAGUAGGUGCCGUACUUUCCCACGUUUUCGAGGACGGUAGGUCUCGACCGGUUGCUUUCGCAUCGCGCACGUUGUCCGAGUCGGAGAAGAAAUACAGCCAGCUUGAAAAAGAGGCAUUGGCCAUAAUUUUUGGCAUAAAGAAGUUUCACUACUACAUUUAUGGUCGAUCAUUCACUCUAAUCACGGACCAUAAGCCGUUACAGCAAAUUUUGGGACCAACAACUGGGAUCCCGCCUAUUGCAGCUGCGCGAUUACAGCGUUGGGCAGUGACGUUAUCGGCGUACAGCUACAACCUUCUCUUUAAGAAGUCAGCCGAUAACGCCGAAGCUGAUUUUUGCUCCCGGUUGCCGCUUCCCUAUGUCAAGGACGAGACGCAAGAAAGCGAAGAAACGUUUUAUACAUUGCGACUGGCCUCCCUGCCAGUGUCGAGUAAAGAAAUCGCGCGUGCCACGCAACGCGACAACGAGCUGGUACAAGUAAAAGAAUUCAUAAGUACAGGUUGGCCAAGAUCCGUCAGUGACGACAGGCUGAAACAUUACGUCACCAGGCGCAAUGAAUUAACCUUGCAUCAAGGAUGCAUAUUGCUCGGAACACGAGUAGUCAUCCCCGCAAAACUACAGAGUGCAGUUUUGGAAGAGCUACACGAGGGUCACCCAGGUAUAGUUCGCAGCAAGGCGCUCGCGCGAAGUUAUGUCUGGUGGCCAUGUAUCGAAGCGGAUCUUGAGCGUAUGGUUCAAUCAUGUGCAAAGUGCCAAGAACAACGCAGCGCCCCUGGCAAAGCACCACUGCAUCCGUGGUCCUGGCCCACAGCGCCGUGGCAACGCAUACACAUUGAUUUUGCAGGACCCUUUCAACAAUCCAUGUUUCUCAUAGUGGUCGAUGCCCACUCCAAGUGGCCGGAAGUUUUUGUGAUGCCGUCGACUACUACAGAGGCCACAAUUCAGUGUUUAAGAGAUGUUUUUGCACGUUUCGGUUUCCCCGAGACAAUUGUGUCGGAUAACGGGCCACAAUUCACGUCACAGGACUUCAAACAGUUCGUCCGAGAGAUGGGCUGCCGACACGUGCAAACAGCACCCUACAAUCCUAGCGCAAAUGGGCUCGCGGAACGUUUCGUGCAAACUCUGAAGAAUGCGCUGCGAAAGGAUGACACGCGCCAACCACUGAAGGUAAAGUUAAACAAGUUUCUGCUCGCCUAUCGGAACACUCCUCACGCUACAACGCACGAGGCGCCGGCCAACUUGUUGUUGGGUCGACGUUUGCGUACGCGCCUUGACGUGCUCAAACCUGUGGUGGGGGAGAGGGUGGCUUACGAACAGUUCAAACAGACGGUGAACCGACCAUGUCGAGUGCGCGAAGUCGCUCUUGGGGAUCAUGUUCUCGCACGCAAUUACAGCGGACAGCCAAAAUGGAUGCCAGCAGUAGUAAUGGCCCAGACUGGACCAGUGUCUUUCAAGGUUCGUGUAUCAACCCCUUCAGGAUGCUUGGAGUGGCGGCGUCACAAGAACCAGUUGCUUCAAAGCACGACAGUGCCUGCGGAAAACGUCGUUCAAGACGAUGAGUUCUGCGUGGGGCCACACAGCGACCUCGGAUCGGGACCAGCUGCGGAAAACUCCGUUGAAGGCGAUGGGUUCGCCGUGGGGCCACACAGCGACCCCGGAUCGGGACAAGCCUUUUCAGUACCACCAGCUAGUGUUUCUCUCUCACCACCGACGUCGCAGGCUGACACUGCACGGGGUGACGAGGAUCGACGCUACCCAAUUAGAAAUCGUCGACCACCUGAUAGGUUCCAAGCAGGAACGUGA